AUGGGGAAACGCAAGCAGAACAGCAUUGCCGUUCAAACAGCACAGUCACAAAACAAUCCGAAGAAUCACGGUGUGAAUGUGACAUGGUACGGCAAAUUUUCCGACACAUUCGCGACAAGCCCGAGCAUGACUGAGAUAGAUGGUCUUUGGAAACGUAAGGUAAGAAGCGUCGAGCGCUUGUGA